GAGAUACAAAAGCUCAGGUUCUGAAAGCAAAAACGAAAGUUGAGCUGAGAAAGAAAAGAUUAGCAGCAGCUUUUUCUCUCACGAGACUGAUCAGCAAUUUGAGUUCAUGAUGCAGCUCUAUGGAGCUCUGAUCCUGAGUGUGACUCUGUCUGCAGCAUGUGGAUUAAGAUGCUACACAUGCAUCUAUUCAGAUCCUAAAUCCUGCAUAGACACCAUAACUUGUCCUGUUGGCUUCGACCGUUGUGUCACUUUUAAAGUAAACGCUCUUAAUGUAACUAAGGGCUGCCUGCCCAGUGAAUACUGUGGUGCGCCUGUCACUUGCUGUAAAGGGGACCUGUGUAACAGCGCUAUUCCAACUGGUCCCAGUGCCAUCGUUCUGCUGGUAUCUUCAGCCAUCCUCAAAUUUCUUUUUUGAGGCUGAGGAAUGAUGUUGUUUCCUUGCUGCACUGUUUUCUGAAUCUAUUUUGUAUCAGUAGGGAAGAAAUAAACAACUUUGAAGUGCCUGAAAUAAAACUGCCAUUGCUAUUUUUAUCUGUCAUUCAGGGAAGUUGUGGGUUUGACCUAUCAAAAUACUGUAUUGGUGAAUGUAAUGUAUUCCUAAAGCAAAUAAAAAUACAGAAAAUAUGUUUGCAUAUUUUUUGAAUACUCUGAACUGAGUUUGGGAAUAUGCCAAAAUCUUUUUGUUUAUUUAAUUUUACUACAGCCAAUGAGAUCUAAGAGCACAGGUAGCUUGCUCUGUAAGGUAACCAGCUGUUU